UGAAAGGAGUACCCAUCUUGCCUCGUCUUCAAAAGAAGUGCUUUAAAGCAACAGCUCGAGUCUGGCCCGAGCAAGAUGCGGCAUUCAGGAGGUGACUCGUUUGCCCACCACAACAUGCUUGCGCUGACAAUGGGCUUCCCACUCACGACGUGGCUGUUCCUGGCCGCCGUGGUCGGUCUGCUAUGUCGUUCGCUUUAUCUGCAUCUCUCGUCACCACUCGCCAAAGUGCCAGGUCCGUUCAUCGCCAGGUUUAGUAGAUGGUGGCUCGCAUACCAUGGGUGGAAAGGAGACUUUCACGAGCUCUUGACAAGCCUGCAUGAGCAAUAUGGAGAUGUCGUACGUAUCGGGCCCAACGAAGUCGUCACCAUCUCUCCAGAGGCGGUCAAGAAGAUAUACGGCGCUGGUUCUCAAUUUCGAAAGAGCGAGUGGUAUCUCCCUCAACAAGGCGAGCGGAAGUUCGACCUGUUCGCCGAGAGAGACAUCAUUAUCCACCGGAAUCACCGCCGGCUCGUGAACAAUGCCUAUGCCACCAGUUCGUUAAUGGAGCUGGAACCGUACAUGGACAGCGCCAUUGCCUAUUUCAUGACAACCUUGCACGAUGUCCAGGGUCAACGCAUAGACUUUGGACUAUGGCUCCAGCUUUUCGCCUUCGAUGUCAUUGGUGAAGUGACCUUCUCACAGCGAUUUGGCCUGAUGGAUGCAGCAAGGGAGUCUGAAGCAUUGAAGCAGAUCAAAAAGGUCCUAAGGUCCACGUCUUGGGUGGGUCAGGUGCCUUGGGUCUACAAGAUACACCAGCGCUUACGGCCAGUCAUCGGCAAUCGCCUGGCGUUGACUGCGCGCAACGGCAGCCUUCGCCAGUUCGCUAUGGACCAAGUCCACUCACGGAUCCUACGUGGAAGUGACCACCGUGAUAUGCUGGGGAGAUUUGUCGAGAUCAACAAGGCCAAGCCCCUCGAGUUCGAUGAGGCUGCUCUUGUUUCCAUGACCGCCAGCAACAUCGCCGCAGGCAGCGACACCACGGCUAUAUCUCUUCGUUCGAUGAUAUACUACCUCCUCAAGAACCCUCACUGUCUGAAGAAGCUUGUCACCGAGAUCGAUGAGGAAACGAGGGGAAUACCCUGCGAUACUGUCGUAACAUAUGAGCAGGCUAACAAAAUGCCAUAUCUCCAGGCUGUCAUGAACGAGGCUCUACGUAUACACUCCAUUGUAGGCCACAGUAUGCAGCGAGUAGUCCCUAGGGACGGGAUUCAGAUAGGGGAGUAUCACAUUCCGAGUGGCACCAUAACAGGAACAAGCCCCUAUGUUCUAGGCCGAUCUGAAGGCAUCUACGGACCUGAUGCGAAGAAGUUCCGUCCAGAAAGAUGGCUCGAAGAUGGAGACAAGUACGAUCUUUGGUCCGGGUAUCUUGCGUUCGGCGGCGCUUCAAGGCUGUGCAUUGGCAAAAACAUCAGCUGGAUGGAGAUGUCCAAAGUGCUCGCAACUCUUCUGCGGAAUUUCGUAGUCGCAUUCGCUGACGCGGAGACUGGCUGGCAAGAAGUUUGCUAG